ACGUUUUCGUUAUCGUUUCCUGCCUUCUGUCUAGUUCUCUAGAUCGAACAACUUUUAACAUGCCUCGGGUUUUGUUUUGACAUGGAAGUCUUACUGUUCGUGUGUUGAUUUUUCUUCAUUCGGCGCACAGACAAGAUGGCGGCGUCUCUCGCUUUUCUGGUCAUCUCAACCCUGGUUUAUCUCGGUUCGUGUGCCACCAUUGACGACUGUCCCGCCGGUGUCCCCAGGGACAGGUACCUGCAGGUGCGCGGGGACACCUGCUACCAGUUUGUCGUGUACCGCCAGAGCACCAACACCGCCGCCCGGGCCUACUGCGAGCAACAUGGCGGCUCUCUGGUGCUGGUCAAGUCAGUGGAGGUCCAGGAGUAUCUGUACGACCAGCUGGUCAACAACUUCCAGGUGUCUGGCAAGAUUUGGAUCGGCCUCAACGACCUCGCCACGGAAAACCUUUAUCAAUGGGAGGACGGGACGACCCCCGUCUACACGGACUGGGCGGGAGGGGAGGGGCCAGCGAGCACGUCCGUCACCCACACCACCAACCACAACACCCGGGACUGCGUUGUCAUUGACCUCGUAGCGGGAGGGAAGUGGAAGGAGACCAACUGUGAAAGCGGCUCCUUCCUGAUUUUCUUCAGUACCAGUGAGUCACACUCCUACGUCUGCCAGUAUAAGGCGCGCAGCAGCGUGGUCAUCACUGUGCCAACAACGUCACGUCCUGUUGACGUCCCCGUGCCAACAACGUCAUUUUAUGUUGACGUCACCGUGCAAACAACGUCACCUCCUGUUGACGUCACCGUGCCAUCCACCUCGGUACCGACUCGCCCAUGUCCGACUUUCUCUUGCAACGUAAACUGCACCCUCUACCUGGCAGACAAUGUCACCCUAUGUCCACUCUGCGAAUGCUACACGUAA